ACAAAUCCUUCGAAGUUGAGACACAGGCGUUUUGCAGUAACUGUCUAGGCUAGGGUUUCCAGCCUCCACCAUCUAAAAAAAUGGAGGCAGACGGAGCAGAAAACACAGAUAUAUCAAACACAAAGAAACCAAAACACAAAGGAAAACAUGAUAAGCCAAAACCAUGGGAUGAAGACCCUAAUAUUGACCGUUGGAAGAUUGAAAAAUUUGACCCGUCCUGGAAUCAAGGUGGAAUGCUCGAUGUCAGCUCUUUCUCGACUCUUUUCCCUAAAUAUCGCGAGAAGUACUUGACGGACGCAUGGCCGAUGGUGAAAUCUGCGUUAAAAGAGUUUGGCAUUGAUUGCGAACUUAAUAAGAAUGAGGGGUCAAUGACGGUUAAAACUACGAUAAAGACCAGGGAUCCUUAUAUUAUUGUUAAAGCUAGGGAUCUUAUUAAGCUUUUGUCGAGAAGUGUCCCUGCUCCUCAGGCGAUCAAAAUUUUGAAUGAUGAUAUGAGCUGCGAUAUCAUCAAGAUCGGCAACAUGAUUCGUAAUAAGGAACGAUUUGUUAAAAGAAGACAAAACCUUGUGGGCCCGAAUUCAUCAACCUUGAAGGCACUAGAAUUACUGACAGGCUGCUAUAUUCUAGUUCAGGGAAACACUGUUGCUGCUAUGGGCUCAUUUAAAGGUUUAAAACAAGUCAGGAGAAUUGUUGAAGACUGCAUACAAAAUAAAAUGCAUCCCGUAUACCAUAUAAAGAUUCUUAUGAUGAAGAAAGAACUUGAAAAAGAUCCUGCUCUUAAAAAUGAGAACUGGGACAGGUUCCUUCCUAAAUAUAAGAAGAAGACCGUGAAACAAAAGAAGGUCAAGAGUAAAAAGAAGAAACAAGACACGCCAUUCCCUCCUCCUCAACAACCUAGCAUGGAAGAUAUACAACUGGAGACGGGAGAAUACUUUUUAAGUGACAAGAAGAAACAAGCAAAGAAGUGGCAUGAAAAACAAGAGAAGCAAUUAGAAAAAACAGCUGAAAACAAAAGAAAAAGAGAAGCUGCCUUUGUUCCUCCCAAGGAACUCAUAAAGGAGGAUCCUAGAACAGAUGCAGAUAAUAACAAAGAUGUGGCUGCCAUGGCCAUGUCACUAAAGAAAAAGGCAAAGGAGUUUGGGAAGCAGAAGUCUUUUGAGAAUGUCAAUCCAGAAGAUUAUAUUGCCACAUCUGGAGAACAACCCCGGAAAAAGAAAUCCAAGCGUGAUGAGCCUAGAAGUUAAUUGCAUUGCAUGACAUUGCUGUUUUUGAUAACUUUAAGCUGCAUGCCUUGUUUUUCUUAUGUUAUGACAGUGGUAUGGUCAUAGAACAAUGUAUGUGCAGGGAACAAAUGUACUCUUCAACCUGAAAGUUUUACUUUGGUUGAAAUCGAAGUUCAGUGAUUUGUUGUGAAUUGCAAGGAACUUGUACAGUUACGCCUAGGGAGGCUGUGAGAGGGAGAUGCUGCUGUAAAGCUUACAUGAACUUCAAUAUCUGCUGGCAUCCUGGAAUUGAUGAUUCGUGAGUGUUUGAGAACCGAAAAAUAGAACAAUUGACAUGUCGGCCGUCAAUUUUAAUUUUUGUUUAUUUUUUGUACUCGUAGUUCACCAUUAAGUUGCUUGAGAAGACUACAAGUAACUCGGACGUCGACAAGCUAUUGCACCUUCAUUUUAUGUUUCACUGAUUAUUGGCAUUCUAA